CUCGCCACAUCUCGAGCAGAACGGAGCUCCACCGAGAAUCGACCAUAUAUAUUCUCAUAUAUAUUGAGUCGAGAGUAUAACUGUUUUAAUCCAAGUGAAAUCGAAAGCCCACCUUAACGCAUUCCAUUUCCACCGGAAACUCCAGCCAAAGUUCUAGAACUCUAGUGAAAGUGCCAUCGAAGGUUCGAGUGAACGAGUCAUCUUAUAAACCAAAAAUAUGCAGAAAAUGAAUUUACAUGUGUGCGCCUUAGCGCUGCUGCUGUUCGGCAGUAUCGCCACUGUCCGCGGAAGAGCCGUGGACCUGGUAGACGAUAGCAACGACGUGGACAACUCCAUCGAGGCGGAGGAGGAGAAGCCACGCAACCGAGCCUUCGAAGCCGACUGGCUCAAGUUCACCAAGACGCCGCCGACCAAGCUGCAGCAGACCGAUGGAGCCACCAUCGAGAUCGUUUGCGAGAUGAUGGGCUCCCAGGUGCCCAGAAUCCAGUGGGUGGUGGGUCAUCUGCCACGCUCGGAGCUCGAUGAUCUGGACUCCAACCAGGUGGCCGAGGAGGCGCCCAGUGCCAUUGUACGCGUCCGAUCGUCGCACAUCAUCGACCACGUGCUGAGCGAGGCACGCACCUACACGUGUGUGGGACGCACUGGCUCCAAGACCAUCUACGCCAGCACAGUGGUGCAUCCACCACGCUCCUCUCGCCUGACGCCGGAGAAGACCUACCCGGGUGCCCAGAAGCCGCGCAUCAUCUACACCGAGAAGACGCACCUGGACCUGAUGGGCUCCAACAUCCAGCUGCCCUGCCGCGUGCACGCCCGUCCCCGUGCCGAGAUCACCUGGCUGAACAACGAGAACAAGGAGAUCGUGCAGGGACAUCGCCACAGGGUGCUGCCCAACGGCGAUCUCCUGAUAUCCGAGAUCAAGUGGGAGGACAUGGGCAACUACAAGUGCAUAGCCCGCAACGUCGUCGGAAAGGACACCGCCGACACCUUCGUGUAUCCCGUACUUAAUGAGGAAGACUAAAGAUCCAACCACCAAAAGGGUAAAAAAAAAGGCUAUUGGAUUGACGACGGAAAUUCAUCUAGUUAGUUAGAUAGAUCAAAUGCCUUCGAAGAUGCGUGAAAAGAAAAGAAAUAUGCUUAGAAAAAAUACACAAAAAAAAAAAGAUGGAAAUAUGAUGGAUCAAAAGGUCAUACGAUUUACAAUUAUGUACAAUUUAGGUUAAGCACAUCUAGCUCGUAGUCCAGGUAAUUAAUCGUAUCUAAUGCCGGCUUAGACACUAAUUUUCCCACUUAUUACCCUCGAAUAGCAGUCACAUGUAAAGCAUUCGAAUUAUAGCACCUACUUUAUGGUUUUCUUCAAUUAUAGCAUUAGUUAUCAGCUUGUAAUCACGCCUCUUUGGUUCUUUGUAAGUAGCAAUGAUUGUUCCUAGCGAUUCAGGCAGCUCUAGUUAACGUAUUUAAACUAAUUGGCCGUUUACUUAAGGGCACCGCAGCCCAAGCACUUGUAUCAAUCAACAAUUAAAUCAAUCAGUCAAUCUCACCCACCCAAUUCGUAUUUAUUCGUAUGCACCCAUCAUUUCUACCACUAAUUUAUUGAUCGACCAAAUUCAUCCAGCAUCGCCACCCAUACAGAAUCACUGAAUAGUAUUCACGGAAUUAAUCAGUUUCAUAAGCUACCCGACUAUGUUUUAAUUUAUAAGGUAAUAGAACUGAAAUACGUUUUUCUAAUUGUUUAGUCUUAGUUUUAAUCCAACCUUCAAGCGAUUGUUUUUGAAUAAAUACAAGAAAAUUGAAA